AUGUCUAGUAACGGCAUCCCACCACCCCCGUCACGCUCCCUCGUCGGCAAAGUUGCCAUCGUGACUGGCGCGGGGUGCGCUGACGGUGGGCUGGGCAGCGGGCGUGCCAUCGCCAUCCUCCUCGCGGAAGACGGCGCCUCGGUCGUAUGCGUCGACCGAGAUCUGGCACUCGCCGAGAAGACGGCGUCGCUGGUCAGCGAGGAGCACGCUCAGAAACAGCACGGCGGCCGCGGCGUGGCCAUGCAGGCAGACGUCUCCAGCCUGGAAGACUGCAGGGCCAUCGUGCAGAAGACCAAGACGGAGCUUGGCAGGCUGAACAUUCUGGUCAACAAUGUGGGCAUCCUGGGACCCCAAGCCACCGCAGUGAAUACCGAAUUGGAAGACUGGGCAGAGGGGCUGGAGGUCAAUGUAACAAGCAUGAUGCUCAUGUCCAAGUUUGCGGUGCCGGCGAUGCUAGAGAACCAGCGCGGGGGUGGUGGCAUCCGCGGUAGCAUCGUCAACGUGGGGUCGACGGCUGGGCUGCUGGGUGGUGCGAAAGGCUUGCUCUAUGCGACCAGCAAGGGUGCCGUGGUGCAAAUGACCCGGGCCAUGGCGGCCCAUCACGGCCAAGAUGGCAUCCGGGUCAACACUGUCUGUCCGGGUACGUAUGCGCCAUCAAACGUCAUGUGCGGAUCGAGAUGUGACAGAGAGGGUGGCUUCUCCCCCGCAUGGCGGGAGGCUGCCAACGCAACCAUGUUUGAUGAUGAUAGGCUAACGGUGCAAUCUAUGAAUCAUACUGCAGGAACGAUAUACACACCCAUGGUGUACUCGAAAGGGAUGACGGAUGAACAUCGAGAGGCCCGCCGCGAGAGAACCCUUCUCAAGAGCGAGGGCAACGCGUGGGACAACGCCGCAGCAGUGAGGUUCCUCGCCGGAGGCGAUGCGCGCUGGAUCACGGGGACAGUGCUGACGGUUGAUGCUGGUGGCUCAUGCUUCAGUGAGUUUUGA